AUGCCUGGGUAUGCAAAAUUCAUGAAGGACUUGGUGACCAAAAAGAGGGCUGUUAGUUUUGAGAAUGAUGAGAGGUUGCAGCAUUGUAGUGCCAUUUCAACGAGGUCACUAGUACAACACAAAGAGGAUCCCAGAGAUUUAACUAUUCCUUGCACCAUCGGUAAGAUGCUUUUUGCAAAGUCCUUGUGUGAUUUAGGGGCAAGAAUUAAUUUGAUGCCAUUGUCAAUUUAUAAGAAGUUGGGUUUAGGAGUUCCCAAACCAACUGCGAUGUGUUUACUUAUGGCUAAUAGAACUCUGAAGAAGCCUAUUGGAGUGCUUCAGGAUAUCCUUGUGAAAGUGGGGACAUUUAUUUUUCCGACGGACUUUGUGAUACUUGAUUGCGAAGUUGACUUUGAUGUUCCCAUCAUCUUAGGGAGACCAUUCCUCGCCACUGGGUGCGCCUUAGUCGAUAUAGAGAAAGGACAGAUGAAGUUUAGAUUGAAUAAGAAGGAGGUGUCUAGUAAAGAGAAGUUAGGUGCAGCGUUGUGCAAGGAGAAAAAGCACCAUGAGAAAAAGAUAGAAAAGCGCGAACUAGCUUCAGAGUGGCCCAAGUGUCCCCACAAGGAAUGGUUGAGCUCGAGAAGAGGAAGGGGAUAA